CGCCGGAGAUUCGCGAGCCCGGCACCCCGUGCCGUCCGCUGGCCAGGACCCGCGGCGCGACCGCGGCGCCGCGCCACAGCAAGCCUCGGGGCAGGAAACAAUGAAGGGAGACAGCAGACAUCUGAAUGAAGAAGAGGGUGCCAGUGGGGGUGAGGACUGUGUCGUAGUCAAUGGGAACUGUAGCGACCAGUCCUCAGAUACUAAGGAUGCCCCUUCACCCCCAGUCUUGGAGGCAAUCUGCACAGAGGCAGUCAGCACACCCGAGAGCAGAGGCCGCAGAUCAAGCUCACGGCUGUCAAAGAGGGAGGUCUCCAACCUGCUGAGUUACACUCAGGAACUAGCAGGAGAUGGAGAUGGUGAGGCAGAGGAUGGGGAUGGCUCAGACAUUCUACUAAUGCCAAAGCUUACACGUGAGACCAAGGAGACCAGGUCACCCUCUGAAAGUCCAGCUGUGCGAACCCGAAAUAGCAACAGUACCUCCAGCCUGGAGAGGCAAAGAGCCUCCCCCAGAAUUACCCGAGGCCGCCAGGGCCGCCAUCAUGUGCAAGAAUACCCCGUGGAAUUCCCAGCUACCAGGUCUCGAAGAAGGCGAGCAUCGUCUUCAGCAAGCACACCAUGGUCAUCCCCCGCCAGCCCUUACCCCAGUAUCGACCUCAUAGAAGAAGGGACACCUCAGAGGAGCAGUACCCCAUCUACUGACUGGAGUCAGGACAGCCAGCAGGAGAGCAUGGACACCACACAACUGGAUGCAGAGAGCAAAGAUGGAGACAGCACCGAGUACCAGGAUGACAAGGAGUUUGGAAUAGGUGACCUUGUGUGGGGAAAAAUCAAGGGCUUCUCCUGGUGGCCUGCCAUGGUGGUGUCCUGGAAAGCCACCUCCAAGCGCCAGGCUAUGCCCGGCAUGCGAUGGGUACAGUGGUUUGGUGAUGGCAAGUUUUCUGAGGUCUCUGCUGACAAACUUGUGGCCCUUGGGCUGUUCAGCCAGCACUUUAACUUGGCCACCUUCAAUAAGCUGGUUUCUUAUAGGAAGGCCAUGUAUCACACUCUGGAGAGAGCCAGGGUGCGAGCUGGCAAGACCUUCCCCAGCAGCCCUGGAGACUCACUGGAGGACAAGCUGAAGCCCAUGCUGGAGUGGGCCCACGGGGGCUUCAAGCCCACUGGCAUCGAGGGCCUCAAACCGAAUAACAAGCAGCCAGUGGUUAAUAAGUCGAAGGUGCAUCGUGCAGGCAGUAGGAAGUUAGAACCCAGGAAACACGAGAACAAAAGUCGAAGACGCACAACCAAUGACCCUGCUGCUUCUGAGUCCUAUCCCCCACCCAAGCGCCUCAAGACAAAUAGCUAUGGUGGGAAAGACCGAGGGGAGGAUGAUGAGAGCCGAGAACGCAUGGCUUCUGAUGUCACCAACAACAAGGGCAAUCUGGAAGACCGCUGCUUGUCCUGCGGUAAGAAGAACCCUGUAUCCUUCCACCCCCUCUUUGAGGGUGGGCUCUGUCAGAGUUGCCGGGAUCGCUUCCUGGAGCUCUUCUACAUGUAUGACGAGGACGGCUAUCAGUCCUACUGCACUGUGUGCUGCGAGGGCCGUGAGCUACUUCUGUGCAGCAACACGAGCUGCUGCAGGUGCUUCUGUGUGGAGUGUCUGGAGGUGCUGGUGGGUACAGGGACAGCUGAGGAUGCCAAGCUGCAGGAACCCUGGAGCUGCUAUAUGUGCCUCCCACAGCGCUGCCAUGGGGUCCUCAGGCGCAGGAAGGAUUGGAACAUGCGCCUGCAAGACUUCUUCACUUCUGAUCCUGACCUCGAAGAAUUCGAGCCACCCAAGUUGUACCCAGCAAUUCCUGCAGCCAGGAGGAGGCCCAUUAGAGUCCUGUCCCUGUUUGAUGGAAUUGCGACAGGGUACUUGGUGCUCAAAGAGCUGGGUAUCAAAGUGGAAAAGUACGUUGCCUCUGAAGUGUGUUCAGAGUCCAUCGCUGUGGGAACUGUUAAGCACGAAGGCCAAAUCAAAUACGUGAACGACGUCAGGAAAAUCACAAAGAAAAAUAUUGAUGAGUGGGGCCCCUUUGACUUGGUGAUUGGUGGAAGCCCUUGCAAUGACCUCUCCAAUGUCAAUCCAGCCAGGAAAGGCCUAUAUGAGGGCACCGGCAGACUCUUCUUUGAGUUUUACCACUUGCUGAAUUAUACCCGCCCCAAGGAGGGCGACAACCGUCCGUUCUUCUGGAUGUUUGAGAAUGUGGUGGCCAUGAAGGUUAACGACAAGAAGGACAUCUCUCGAUUCUUGGCGUGUAAUCCAGUGAUGAUCGAUGCCAUCAAGGUUUCUGCUGCACACAGGGCCCGGUAUUUCUGGGGCAACCUGCCUGGGAUGAACAGGCCUGUGAUAGCUUCAAAGAAUGAUAAGCUCGAGCUGCAGGACUGCUUGGAGUUCAGUAGGACAGCAAAGUUAAAGAAGGUACAGACAAUAACCACCAAGUCGAACUCCAUCAGACAGGGGAAAAACCAGCUUUUACCUGUAGUCAUGAAUGGCAAGGACGAUGUUUUGUGGUGUACUGAGCUCGAAAGGAUCUUCGGUUUUCCUGCACACUACACAGAUGUGUCCAACAUGGGACGUGGCGCCCGCCAGAAGCUGCUGGGAAGGUCCUGGAGUGUGCCGGUCAUCAGACACCUCUUUGCCCCCCUGAAGGACUACUUUGCGUGUGAAUAGUUCUACUCAGGACUGGGGUACUGAGCCAGGUCCCCAGAGUCACCCCUUCCUGAAGGCGCCUCACGUCCCCUUUCUCAGCUCACCUGUCGGGGCCUCACCUCACUGUGUACCUCAGCUUUCUCUUGCUCAGUGGGAGCAGAGCCUCCUGGCCCCUGCAGGGGAGCCAAGGUGCUCCCACCAUGUGCACAACUCAGAACUGGCUGCUUAGAGUAGCCCAAUAUGGUGCUCAUGUUUUCUUAUCCUGAAACCUUAAAACUUGAAGUAGAUAGUAAAAUGGCUUUUUUUCCCCUCCUGGGUUAAUCAGUCAGAAGUGAUGGCUAAGAUACCAAAACGAUAGCUCUCCCAGUACUCAGGGGUAAUGCUGCAAAAUCACUUGAUUUUUGUUUUUAAGUAACCUGACUCCACAUUUGCUAGAGGAUGCUAAUAUCAGUGUGGGCUCAGAUGAACAAGGUCAAGGGGCCAGAAUUUUUUUUUUAAUUUUUCCCUAUGGAUAGUGGAAGAUGAAAAGGUGAUGUUUAUGAUGUAAGGCUUACUGGCACCUUCCCCUUGUUUGGUACAAAGGCUGGAGUCCUGUUGGUCUUGUAGCAUUUCCCAGGAUGAUGAUGUCAGCAGGGAUGAUAUCAUCAUCACAUUCAGGGCUAUUUCCCCCAAGAUUUCCCUGGGCAGGGGCCCGUGUAGCUAAUCCUCAAGAAGACUGGAAUAGAAUGUUUUGAGCUCAGGAAGGGGGUGUGGCCCCUCUUCUAUGUAUGAGGGACAUGAAGGAAGAGGGAGCUUGGCUAAACCAUUUGCCAUGCCCUCUCCAAAUGAUGGACCUCUUUCCCCACAAGCUCAGGUCCCCAGAUAAGUAUGGUCCUCUAAUACUUUAUGAGAAGCUAUGGCCAGAAGCACAUUAUUUUCCCUUAUCUAAGAGAUGAUGGGGAAACCACAAUCUUCUGGAGAUUUUUAAAACCCUUUUACCCUAUGAUGUAUUAUCUUUUUAAGGGGCAUUCUUUUUUAGUGCAUCACUGGAGAUGAGAAGCUGCAUUUCAGAAAUGCUUCGCAGUGGUUUUUAACACCUUUUACUCUAAUUACUGGUGCUAUUUUGUAGAAAAAGGACAACCUUGACACAUUUGGGGGUUUUUAUACACUUUUUAUGGCUCUCAGACUUCUAUUUUCAUGUUUAACAAUUUGACUAAAGUUUUCUUUGGUAACUGGAGCGGUGUCACAAGUGUGGGGAAACUGCCUUGUUUCAACAGUUUGUCUCCACUGUUUUAGGCAGAAAGAUAAUAGAUGCCUAGAGUUUACCUUUCUGUUUGAUUAAAAUCGUAUUUCUCUAUAA